UUUGUUUUCAUGACAAAUCAGGACAAUUUUAUGAUAACACACCUUCACUCUCAGGACCUGUGGAAAAAUAAGGACAUUUUUCGGGUCCUCAUUUUUCCACGCCGUCUACGACACCGGGAGGCCUCCCAGAAUGCUCCCACACAAAAAAAAACGCAUGUCCUAAAAUGUCAUAAUUUUGGGAAAUUCAGUGUGAAAGUGUGUUUAACAAUCGACUCACUUUUUAUUUUAACACCUAGUGGCCAUCUUCUGUACUUUAACACACUUUUCACACACUUUCAGUGACGUCACUGCACAGGUCCUCAUAUUUCACUUUUUUUUGACUCACAAACACAUUACAACAGGUGAGGCGGGAUUAAGAUAGGCCUGCAGUCACACCAUAGUAAAUUCUCUGAAAAAGACACAACCAGAUUCUAGUUUUGAGUGACAAUACAUCUAGUAGGGUAAGAUAGUUAUUAGGCUAACCAAGCCUACAUCCACCUCAGGAGUAAAAGCUUCUUUAUGCAGUGUUCUUCAAUAUUACACGCACAGCAGCUGACACUAGGUUGGCUAAUUAGCCAGCUAGCCUGCUAAAUUGAGGCCAAAUAACAUGCUCUGGAGUUUGGACUCAAACUGUGGAAUGUCUGCCCAAUAAAUGGUAAGUCAUUGCUUUACUUGUAUCAGAAGUAACAGAGAGUAGAAGUUGGUGUUAAAAGUAACUGUUUUUUCAACAAUGCCCACCCGUGCUAGCUGGAAAUAAUUAGAUAGCUACAGUAUGUGCUAGCUAGCUCACCAUACAAAUGUCUCAUAGACCUGCUGUGUUUAAGCUGCAAUGUCAUUUAACUGGUCACCAAAAUUUAUUGCAGGAAAAAGAUGUAUUGGAAUUAACAGUAGAUAAUACUAUAUAUUUACCAGAAAAUAUCAGCUAUAAUAUAUAUUAACUAAUAUAUAUCCUAGCUGAUAUUUUCCAACAUAAAUACCGCUAAUGCAUAUGUAUAUCAAUUACUCAUUACGUGUAGUGGAAGUAAAAUACUUUGGUAAUUGAAGUAUGGCAGUUGUUUGAUUUGUUGGUACUUCAUUAGGUUAAUACUUUAUGUAAUGUUUUGCUGUUAACAGAUUGAAACAUGUUCCCUUGUCUUUUGGCCUUCGCACCAAAUUUAUUGAAAUCUGUAAUUUUUUAUAAAUGUUUGUAGAUAUUUCCAUGGUGAUGAGCAUGAUGAAAAGAAGAGCCAGGCUCAGUCCUGAAUCUGAGGCUACUCAGUUUAUUUUAUCUGGAGUUGACAGGCCUUGCUUAAAAGUCCAGUGGAUCAAUAACUAUAAAGGUAUGUACUGAAAUACAUAAAGUAUUGUUCCUGUGGUUAUUGCAUGGAGAUCACUUAUAAGUAUCUUUUAUGAGGUAUUAUUUACUAAAUUAGGUGAUCGAAUUGGAAAAUUGUGAAUUCUUUUAUCAUUAAAAAACUAUUUUUCACUUAUAUGUACAUAUUCAUGAUUAUAAUAAUAAUUUUAAUCAAACAUACCGCAUAAGCAUUUAUCAAAAUUAAAUAUCUAAAACAAUGUCAUCAUUAAUGAAAUCACAUUCACAAAAAAACAUAGGAAGGAAAUAAGUUGAUAACAUCUGGAUGACUGACUGACAGGCAUUGUCACUAAUCCAUUUAUUUGAAAACGUAUUAUUGGGGCUGGAAAAGUCACAAAUUACAGUAUCAACAGGAUACAUUGACAAAAUUCCAGCCAUUCCAGCCGUUGCUCUUCAUGAAUUUUGGGGAUAAAAUAACAUGCAUUUGAAAUGUAUAAAAUGCGUAUCAAAUUAUCUGUGCCCAUAAAAAAGUGUUUGGGUAAUAUUGCUUAAUUGAUUAAUUGACCAAACAAUAGUCAGUUAAGAAGCAUACUUGAGGAGGAAAAAAGAGGCAGUCUUUAACAUAAAUUUAAAAACUUAUAAUUUUUAUAAUUACAGUGGGGCAAAUAAGUGUUUAGUCAACCACUAAUUGUGCAAGUUCUCCCACUUGAAAAUAUUAGAGAGGCCUGUAAUUGUCAACAUGGGUAACCCUCAACCAUGAGAGACAGAAUGUGUGGGGGAAAACCCCCCAGAAAAUCACAUUGUUUGAUUUUUAAAUAAUUUAUUUGCAAAUCAUGGUGGAAAAUAAGUAUUUGGUCAAUACCAAAAGUUCAUCUCAAUACUUUGUUAUGUACCCUUUGUUGGCAAUAACGGAGGCCAAACCUUUUCUGUAACUCUUCACAAGCUUUUCACACACUGUUGCUGGUAUUUUGGCCCAUUCCUCCAUGCAGAUCUCCUCUAGAGCAGUGAUGUUUUGGGGCUGUCGUUGGGCUACACGGACUUUCAACAUCAUCAAAAAUUUUUCUAUGGGGUUGAUAUCUGGAGACUGGCUAGGCCACUCCAGGAACUUGAAAUGCUUCUUACACAGCCACUCCUUUGUUCCCCUGGCUGUGUGUUUUGGGAUCAGUGAUCACAGAUCAGUCGUCCUGGUCCCUUUGCACAAAAACAGCCCCAAAGCAUGAUGUUUCCACCCACAUGCUUCACAGUGGGUAUGGUGUUCUUCGGAUGCAAAUCAGUGUUCUUUGUCCUCCAAACACGACAACCUGUGUUUCUACCAAAAAAUUCUAUUUGGUUUCAUCUGACCAUAACACAUUCUCCUAGUCCUCUUCUGGAUCAUCCAAAUGCUCUCUAGCGAACCGCAGACGGCCCUGGACGUGUACAUUCUUCAGCAGGGGGACACGUCUGGCAGUGCAGGAUUUGAGUCCCUGGUAGCGCAUUGUGUUACUGAUAGUAGCCUUUGUUACUGUGGUUCCAGCUCUCUGUAGGUCAUUCUCUAGGUCCCCCCAGGUGGUUCUGGGAUUUUUGCUCACCGUUCUUGUUAUCAUUUUGACAUCACGGGGUGAGAUCUUGCAUGGAGCCCCAGAUCGAGGGAGAUUAUCAGUGGUCUUGUAUGUUUUAAUAAUUGCUCCCAUAGUUGAUUUCUUUACAGGUUAGUUUAACCUAUUGCAGAUUCAGUCUUCCCAGCCUGGUGCAGGAUUACCAUUUUGUCUCUGGUGUCCUUCGACAGCUCUUUGGUCUUGGCCAUAGUGGAGUUUGGAGUGUGACUGACUGAAGUUGUGGACAGGUGUAUUUUGUAACGAUAAUGAGUUAAAACCCCCGCGACCCGACCCCGGAGCAAGCGGAAGAUGGAUGGAUGGAUGGAUGGAUGAGUUAAAACAGGUGCCUUUAAUACAGGUAACGAGUGGAGCCUCGUUAGACCUCGUUAGAAGAAGUUAGACCUCUUUGACAGCCAGAAAUCUUGCUUGUUUGUAAGUGACCAAAUACUUUUUUUCCACUGUAAUUUGGAAAUACUUUAAAAAUCAAACAAUGUCAUUUUCUGUUUUUUUUUCCACAUUGUCUUUCAUGGUUUCAUUGUCUUUCAUGGUUUCAAGUUUCAAGUUUAAGUUUCAACUUAAUUUAGGUUGUUUUACAUUACACUAAUAAGGAUUUUUUUUCCUAUUAGGACGUGGUGUCUUUACCAAUGAACUAAUUGAAAAGGGAUCCUUUGUGUUGGAGUACCGUGGGGAGUUAAUCUCACAGUAUGAACGGGAGAAGAGGCAGAAAAAGUACACAGAAAAACAAAAUUCUUUCCUCUUUGAUUUUGAAUGGAAUGGUAGCACGUGGUGCAUUGAUGCCUCACGUGAAGAUGACUCAAUGGGCCGAUUGGCGAAUGAUGCUAAUAAAGGCCCAAACUGCAGAAUGAAAAAGUUGACCAUAAAGGGUAAACCACAUCUUUGCUUGUUUGCUCUUGAAAACAUCCAAGCAGGGGAUGAAAUAACCUACGACUAUGGAGAAUGUCAGUGGCCAUGGCGAGCAAUGAUACCGAGUGUUAAGACCCUUACUCAGCCUUCUGGAGACCAAGAACAGAGUCAGAUAUAUGCAUCAUUUCAUCAGACACAAAAUCAACCAAUACAAAACGAAGAAGUGAGUCUGAGAUCAUCUGCAUCAUACCAAAAGCUACCAAGUGUUGAGAUCCUGACUCAACCAAGUGAAAAUGACGAAGCGAGCCAGAAUGUAUUCCAACAGCUACCAUGUGUUGAGAUCCUUACUCAACCAAGUGAAAAUGAAGAAGCGAGCCAUAGAGCAUUCCAACAGCUACCAUGUGUUGAGAUCCUUACUCAACCAAGUGAAAAUGAAGAAGCAAGCAAGACAGAAUUCCAACAGCUACCAUGUGUUGAGAUCCUGACUCAACCAAGUGAAAAUGAAGAAGCCAGCAAGAGAGAAUUCCAACAGAUACCAUGUGUUGAGAUCCUGACUCAACCAAGUGAAAAUGAAGAAGCGAGCAAGAGAGAAUUCCAACAGAUAACAAGCAUCAAUAUCCUCAUUCAACCUUCUAGGGACCACGAACUUCUUGAGAACGCUACCAUAUCUUCUCAACAGAGCUCUCCUGAUCCGUAUUCAGAUUGUACAGAUUAUGAAGACAUCGACUAUAUUCCAGACUCAAGUGGGAAUUCCUCAGAUGGAAGUGUUUGCAGUAAGGAUCUGAGCAUUACAGAAUUUCUUGCUCCCCAAAAUGUGAUUAAGAAUGUGCCAUUGGAGAUGGAUGCAGAACAGUGUGGGGAAAUCUCCAGUUCAGCGAUAGUUACAAGUUUAGGUUCAUCACCGAGAAGCAGCAAUCAUUGCACUUCAGUGACAAGUUGCAGUGCUAAUUGUUCAGGGAACACAUCAUACAUUAGCCACCCCAUAACGGUAGCACCAUUGCCAAGGCCAUCAAAACAAAGCAAAUACAACAAAAAACAGCAUUGUUUUUAUUGUAAAAAGCCCAUUUCUAAGUUGGCAAGACACCUUGAAUCUGCCCACAGUACACAGCCUGAUGUUGCAAAGGCUUUAAGUUACGAUAAAAGGUCCCGGGAAAGAAGAGAUUUGUUACGCUUUCUUAAGAAGAAGGGAAAUUUUACUCAUAAUGCCAGAGUGAUCAACUGUGGUGCUGGGGAAAUGGUUGCUUGUCGAAGACCCAAAAAGACAACACAGUCUGAUGGCUACCGUCACUGCAGGUUUUGUCAAGGACUAUAUGCAAGAGCUAGCCUUUGGAGGCAUGUGAAAAACUGCCCUCAGAAGUCUUUUGAGGUGGGACCUUCGGCUGGGCAAAAACGAAUUCAGCUGGUCUUACCGAGACCUGAACAAGUCAGUGAAGCCGUUUGGAAGAUUGCUUGUGAAAUGAACCAGGACAACAUUUCCUCUGUAGUAAGGAGUGAAAGACACAUCCUUUCCCUUGGUGAGUCAUUAUACAAUGCCAGAAAACCACAAGAGAGAAGAAAUGACUACAUUCGCCAAAAAAUGAGAGAGAUGGCAAGAUUAUUGAUAACAGCAAGAGCUAUAACCCCGUUGAAAACCACAGAAGACCUUGUUAUGCCGGGUAACUUCCCCCAUGUCAUCCAAGCAGUGAGGGCUGUUGCAGGUUAUGAUUUGGAAAGCAACUCUUAUAAAACUCCAUCCUUGGCUCUGAAAUUAGGACACAGUUUGGCCAAAGUUGCAGGCAUUGUGCAGUGCAGUGCCAUUAUUGCAAAUUGUAGUAGUAUUGCAGAGUCAGCCAAGCAGUUUGUUACUCUAUAUGAGAAAAAUUGGAAUGAAACCAUUUCAGCUUCCGCAUUGGGUACACUUCAACAAGCGAAGUGGAAUAAACCACAGGUUUUACCAUUUACACAGGAUGUUUCACUGCUGCACAACUUUCUUGCUACUGAGUCAGCUAAGUGUAUGAAGGACUUGGAGGAAAAACCCAACAGCAUAACCUAUGGAAAUCUUGCUAAGGUGACUUUGACACAAGUCAUACUUUUUAACAGAAAAAGGCAAGGGGAAGUUUCAAAAAUGGACCUACAGUCUUUCACAUCCCGGAAUCGCGCAGAGUUGAAUCCGGACAUUAUGAUGUGUCUUUCUGAGUUAGAAAGAAAGCUUGCAAAGCACUUUGACAGAGUUGAGAUCCGUGGUAAAAGGUCAAGAAUGGUACCUGUGCUUCUCACCCCGAGUAUGAUUUCUGCAAUGGAGUUCCUUGUGAACAAGAGAAAUGAUUGUCAAGUCGACACAAAAAAUGUGUACCUGUUUGCCCGUCCAAUUGUACUUUCACAUUACAGAGGCUGUGAUUGCCUCCACAAGUUUGCAAACCAAUGUGGUGCAAAACACCCAGAAGCACUCACUUCCACAAAACUUAGGAAGCAAGUUGCCACCUUGUCCACAGUACUGAACCUAAAAGAAAAUGAAAUGGAUCAACUUGCCACCUUUCUCGGACACGACAUCCGUGUCCACCGAGAAUUUUACCGCCUCCCAGACAGUACCCUGCAGCUUGCAAAAGUCAGCAAACUGUUGAUGGCAAUGGAGAAAGGACAACUCUCUGACUUUCAGGGAAAAGGGCUGGAUGAUAUUGAGAUCAAUCCUGAAGAUGACAUACCCACUAGUGAUGAUGAUGAUGAUGAUUAUGAUUCGAUCAAAGAAAUGACCACUGACCUUCGUGAACAAAAAGGCUCAAGAACUGAGACCUUUGGACACCCAAGCCAUGUGCCUGCCUCAACCAUGCCGGACACCAUGGAUCGCACUGCUGUCUCAACUUCUUUCAAUAACAUCGAAGACACUUCUGCCUCAACUUUGUUUGGUGACAUGGAAGACAUACCUGCUUCGACAUCAUUUGACAACAUGGAUGAUUCCCAGCAAAGGACAGCACUUCAACCGAGUUCACCCCAAACACGGUCAAGGUGCUCCAGCAAGAAGAAGCAAGGUGGAAAGGCGAGAAGUAAGUGGACAGAGGGUGAAGUGAAAGCUGUUGAGCGGCACAUGUUGGAUUUCAUAAGCAACCUGAAAGUACCAGGUAAAAAGAGCUGUGAGGCUUGCCUCCAAGCUGAGCCAGCAGCUCUGAAAGAGAGAGACUGGGUUGCUAUUAAAUACUACAUUCACAACAGAAUAGUAACCUUAAAGAGAAAGAUGAAUAAUUAGAGCUUAAUCAUUUGAUCUGGCCCAGGUACUGUAUAUGGAGGACCUUUUUUUUUUUUGUUUUGUUUUUUGUUUUUUUAAAUCUUAUUUCAUUUUUUUUCUUAUAUUGUUUUAUUUUUUACUUGUAUUUAAUUAUGUAUUUAUUUCCAUAUAUAUUUGGGUAUUUUUAGAUCUCAUUUCUUGUUUUUUCAUUUAUAGUCACUAUUUUUUUCGAUUGUAUUUUUUCCCUUUUAAGUUUGGCAGCUUUGGUCCACCAUACAGGUACAGUUCAAUAUCAGAUAAAAUAAGCUCAAAAAACAUGUGCGGAGGGUGAGGCUGGGGUUGAUUUUCAAUGUGUUAUGUUUCAAUGUUUAUUACUGUUAAAAAAAAAAAUACUCCCAAAAAGUUAGGGACAUUAGAUUUUGAGUUUAAAUUUUACCUUUACAAGCGAUGUUAUUAUGACCUGUACACACUUUAAAUGACAUGUGUCAGACUUGUCAGCAAUUAGUACACUUUGCUCAGCUUGCUUUGUAUAAACCAGAUCUGACAAGAAAAUGUAAUAAGUUGGUUCAGACAUAAAUGGAAAAACAAAUGUCCUUAAUAAAGAUAUAAAUGGCAUUAAAUAGACGUUCUAAUCAUUGUUUUACAUUUUGAAAUAAUUUGAGAUUUUGAUCAUCAUUACUGUCUCCAGUGUACAAUUCACAUUUGACCAUAAAAGCAAAAAUAGAGAUACCUGAAGAACAGUAGAUUGAGAUCCCGUUUUCAACUUUUUUCUACCUGAACACCUCCACUUUACCUAUGCAGAAUUAACGUGUGAAUAUCAUAUUUUUCUGUCAGAGGUCAUUUGACUAGAGCAUAUAACUAUUGUUAAUCACAUUUUAUACUUUGGGUGUUUGAGGAAAAUAAUUCUGAAAUCAAGAUGAGUUGGUCUUUACAGUCUAUGCCACAUAUACUGUACUUGAAGGUGAAGUAAAGAUCGAAGAUGCUUUGCCACAAGCUUCAACACCCUUUUUUGCCAGUUUUUCCCAUGUGGAAUGAACAUGUGAAGACCAAUUUUUCUGUCUGAGGUCAUUUGAUUAGAGCACAUAACCCUUGUUAAUCAGAUUUUAUACUUAGGGGCUUUUGAGAAAAAAUACUGAAAUCAAGAUGAGUUGGUCUUUAUAUGUCACAUAUAUUUGACAGUUUUGUGUGUCAUGGGUUUCAAAUUUCACAAAAACAUGAAAUAGCAAAGAGUGUGAGGUGAUGGUCGUCAUAUUUCACAAAAACAAGUUAAUGUCCUCAUAUGUCGUAUUCCUGUCAUAAAUCAAAAAUAAAUUAAGCCCUAGCUAAAAUCUGAAUAGAUGGUUGUGUUCCUAAUUUUUUUUUGUACAUAUGAUUUUUUUUUGGAGCCUGUAGGACCACGGGA